AUGGAAAAGCUUUUACAGGUUGGGAAAGAAUUCGGAUUGGAGGGAGAAAGGCUGCUCGAGCUUAUAGAAAAACAACAAAAGUUAGAAGAAGAAAGAAAGUGGGAAGAAAAAGAAGAAAAACGUCGAAAACUUGAGGAAGAAAGAAGGAGGGAGGAGGAAGAGAAAGAAGAAAAGCGUAGACAGUUGGAAGAGGAAAAAGAUGAAAAGCGUAGACUGUUAGAAGAACAAAAAGAGGAGAAACGUCGAAUGCUUGAGGAAGAUAGAAGAAAAGAAGACGAAGAAAGAGAAACUAGGCGGCAAGAACGCGAACUGAGAAAAUUAGAGCUGGAAGCAGACCUGUUGAAACAGAGAGAAGCUAUUGAAGCCGCUAAGAGAGAGCAUGAACUAGAGCUCGCUCGUCUAGCACAAGGCCGUAACGUCACCGAACUCGAUGAACUGAGAGAGAAUAGGGCCAAGUCACCCAAGCUUCCCUCAUUUGUGGAUGGCAAGGACGACUUGGAUGCUCACCUACAACGAUUUGAGAGAUUCGCAACUACAGCUAAAUGGGAGAAGACAGGAUAGGCUUCGAAACUUCGUGCUCUUUUGUCUGGACGUGCUCUAGAGGUUUAUUCGCGAUUAUCUGAGGAAGCAGCCCAAGAUUAUGACCGAAUGAAGCUAGCUUUGAUGAAGAUAUAUGACCUUACAUGUACAGAGGACGGCUAUCGCCGUAAAUUAGAGCAUCAAAGCCGGAAGUUGACGAGAGUCCUGAACAGUUUAUAGUGAGACUAGAUAGAUACUUGUUGCGUUGCUUAGAACUGUCGAACACUGAACGUUCUUUUGAAGGCCUGAAAGAUUUAAUUGUGAAAGAACAGUUGACUCUUGUCCAAAAGAUGUCAGCUUGUUCAGAUGGCAAAGAUUGCCGAUCAAUACUUAGAAGCACACGGAAAGCAUCUGUUCAGCUCUGCGAGCCAGAAGCCACAAGUACAGCCCAAGGUGGAGGAAACAAAGACUGCACAGAGUAACGCAACAGCCCUCCAGUGUUACAAUUGUAAUGCCCGCGGACACAAAGCUAUUAACUGCCCAACUCUAGCUAAAAGGUGUUUCGUAUGGGGUAAGCAAGGUCAUGAAGGGAGGAACUGUCGAUUAGGUGGACGAAAGUCAGGAGGCCAAUGUAAGGAUGGUAACCCUGCGCAACGUGGUCAAGUUAGUGCUGGCUGUUUGGUUAAGUCACCCGAUCUUAAAGCUACCCCCGAGGAAGUCAAGUCGUGUAUUCAAGAUGAUCAGCUUCUGUUAACCUGUGGUAAGAAAGUCCCGUUGCUGAGUAAUGCCUGUGUUGAACCCUUAACUGGAGUAAGAAGUAAGAUGCCUGUUGUAAAGGGUAGAGUUGGAGAGAAG